GGGUACGCACCUGACAGUGUGCCAGGCUGACCCAUGCAGGCGAAGAAUCAUAUUCACACUCACAUCCACACCCACAGGCAGUUUAUGAUUUCCUGUACCCUUUAUCUUCAGAUCUUUAGACUGUGGAAUGAAAUACACGUAAGCACAGGAACACUUAAACUCCACAACACACCCAGUGGACCAGGUGGGUUUAAGCCAAGGACUUGUUCCAUUUUAUUUAUUUGAUUAACUAGAUGUAGAUUAGUGCAUUUUAAGGCUACGCACUGUGCGGACACAAACCGUGUGAAACGGUUAUCUAAGAUGCUUCUCACAUAGUUUCUUUUUGCCUCGUGAAGUUAUGACCUGAUAAUCUGCACGAUGUUGCAAUGUGAUACCGUUAGAGCAUAUUUAGAUAGUCAAGACUUUAUUCACAUUCACAUCGUGCUAUGCUGUUUGCUUUAAGUUAAAAAUGUGGCCUACUACUUUUGGCUCUGGCUUGCAUUGCUUACUUAACACCUGACCAGAAGCCACAAUCACAAUUCUUUGCACAUUUCUUUGUUCUUUGUACAUUUUCUUCAAUGGUCAGCGCAUUCCUUAAGGUUUAACAACCUGUGGAAGAAGUGCAUGGUUAGUCAUUGUAGAUUAGGAAAACCUGGAUAACUGAUGGUUCUCGAUGAGGUGGUUUUACAGUGUUGAUGACUAAUCCAAGUGAGAGGGACACUGAGUGUAGGCAUAUAGGGCACAGACUAUGACAUGGUGGCAUAAUAAUGGCUCUUUGUGUUUGUGUUUGUGAAUAGAGUGGCCAGAGUUUUAGAAUGACGUUAGUGCUGCCCACACCAUGUCGGUGACGGCUGUGGACAGAGUGAGGAGGGGUGAAGGCGUGGAAUGGAAAUACGUAGAAAGCAAGCAAAGCCAUGCUACUGCCCUCGUCGCUACUACUCUUUCUUGGCCUCCUCACCUGGAGUCCUGCUGCAUCAUGGGCAGCUAAAGUGAUCGUGGUCCCACCCAUCAUGUUUGAAUCACACCUCUACAUCUUCAAGACGCUGGCCACGGCUCUACACCAGGAGGGCCAUGAGACCCACUUUCUAAUUUCAAAGGGUCGUGAGGUGCCCCCCUCCCCUCACUACCAUUUACAGCACUACCCAGGGAUCUUCAACAGCACCACGGCUGACAAUUUCCUCCAGUCCAAAGUCAGCAACAUCUUCUCAGGCCGUCUGACAUUUCUGGAACUGUUUGACAUACUUGACCACUACUCUCAGAACUGCGAUGCUGUCGUUGGCAAUGCCGAGGUAAUGGCUCGACUCAAGGAGGCCAAGUUUGACCUGCUGCUUGUGGACCCAAAUGAGAUGUGUGGUUUUGUGAUCGCUCAUAUCCUGGGUGUGCAAUAUGCCGUGUUCAGCACUGGGCUGUGGUACCCCGCAGAGGUGGGAGCCCCAGCUCCACUUUCAUACGUACCUGAAUUCAACUCGUUGCUGACAGACCACAUGUCUCUGGUCCAAAGGAUCACCAACACGGCGGUUUACCUGGUCCAGCGCUUUGGAGUUCAUUAUAUUGCUUUACCAAAGUAUGACCGGAUUAUGAAGAAACAUGGAGUGAAGCCGCAAGUGGCCAUGGCUGACUUGGUGCAAGGCAGUCGGCUGUGGAUGCUAUGCACUGACAUGGCUCUGGAGUUCCCCAGGCCCACCCUGCCGCAUGUGGUGUACAUAGGUGGCAUCCUCACCCAGCCCCCCAACCCACUGCCAGAGGAAUUCGAGGCAUGGGUGAAUGACACGGCGGAACAUGGCUUUGUGGUGGUGUCGUUUGGAGCCGGGGUCAAGUACCUUUCCCAGGACAUUGCACAAAAACUGGCAGGAGCCCUCGCUAGGUUGCCCCAGCGUGUCAUCUGGAGAUUCUCUGGAGUUCCACCCACUAACCUUGGCAACAACACCAAGCUUGUAGACUGGAUGCCUCAGAAUGACUUAUUGGGCCACGCCAACACGAGGGCCUUCCUGAGCCACGGUGGCCUGAACAGCAUCUACGAGGCCAUGUAUCAUGGGGUGCCCGUGGUCGGCGUGCCCCUGUUCGGAGACCACUAUGACACAAUGACUCGUGUGGCUGCUAAAGGUAUGGGUGUCAUGCUACACUGGAAGUACAUGAGCGAGGAAGACCUCUACACAGCCCUGACCAGUGUCAUCACAGACCCCAGGUACCGCCAGCAAGCGCGUCUUCUCUCCAACAUUCACAAAGACCAGCCAGGCCAUCCUGUGACCAGGGCUGUUUACUGGAUCACCUAUAUCCUCCGUCACCACGGUGCCAACCACCUGCGCUCUGCCGUAUAUGAAGUGUCUCUCUACCAGUAUUUCCUGCUGGAUGUGAUCCUCACUGUAGGGGCUGCUCUGGCUCUGAGUGGCUUUGCCCUGCGAUGGAUGGUACGAUUGUUGAGGGGGAAGGUUGAGGACCAGAGCAGAGGAGGCGGCAUCGCCAGGGAUGAUGCUAGCAUGGCCAAUGGACAUUGCCAUAGCGAGAGCAUGGCCAACGGGAAACACAAACGCAACGGCUCCUUGAAAAAUGAAAAGAAGAUAAAUUAAUGUUCUGAAUGACAGUGAGGGAUGGCGAGGAAGUUGCCGAAGUACUCAGCUCUAGGAUUGGUUUGGUGGUUUUAUAAAAGCUUUGAGAGAAAGCCGUUCUUAGGUCUGUGUCGAGAGGCAGCUUUUACUCUGAGCGAGCUAGAGGCUGCAGGAGGAUAGACAAUGCAUCAUGUGGGGGAUGGAGCAAGGCAUCGGGUGCUCAAAAUCUGUGUGUGUGUGUGUGUGGGUGUAUGUGUAUGUGUGCACUGAGGCAAAUUUAAUGAAAAACUCUUAACAACCGCAGCUAGAGCAAUACAUUAUCAAUUUGGAGAGUAACUGAAGGUGAAACACAGGAACGACACAUUGGAGGUCAUUGUUUCUUCCUGUGCCUCUUCUCUCCUGCAUGUUCUCUAUUGUCUUCCUGCCUUCCUUGACCUGUGGAAGCAUGAUGAAGAGGAGAAAUCCUGAGCGCCAACCCUCAUCCUCAGAACAAAACAAAAUAAAACAAAAACAAAAACAAAACAAAGCAAACACAAAAAAGGAUAACUUUUGAAAUAUUUAGGAUUUAAUGUUUUUAAUUGCAAACUCUGCUUCAACAACUGUCUGGUAAACUGUAAAUAGAGGACAAAUCUAUUUAUUACUGUACAAAUGAAUUUUAAAAAUGAAGCUUUUUAAUCUUAAUCUUAUUUUAAAUUUAUUUCCCGUAUCCUUUGGUGUGAUGGCAUGAUGGUAGACAUACACUCCCUCCUCUCAGCUAACAUUGUACUGUACGGUUCAUGUUAACAAACAAAUGGAAAAUUGACAGCAGCAGUCAUUGGAAGCCAGCACGGUUCUGCAUUUUCCACAGUAUUCACAGUGGUCUUCUUUUCAAAAUAAUUAGAAUGUUGAGUAUUUCCCAUUUUUGCCUUUUGACAGGAUCGUGCCAACCGGUCACCGCACUUAGCUGUGCAGCCAUUCCAGUUGUCUCUUGAUUGUCCUUUUGUUCUGGUGGAGAAUGACUCAACUGGACUCUGUUUGGCUUAUCAGUGUGAAAAGGCUUGAGAUGUCCUUAUCAAAAAGAUAUAAAAUAGUUUUGACUACAGAGGAUACUGUGGAUAUGCAGAGUCAGACCAGCAGUGUGCUUGAGCUGGUCAGGUGAGACAGGGACCAGUCAGAGCAUUAUCUAUUUGUGAUUAUCUGUUUCAUCAGUUCUCUGUCUUAAUUCUGCAUCUAGUCAGUAAUUAAUAAGGAUGCAUCACUUGAUUGCCAUUUUUUAGCGCUACACCAUUCCUAUAUGAUUUGAUUUGUUGAAUAAUUUCUAACAUGUUGCAAACACUAGUUUUAAAUUACACAGUGAAUUCAACGCUUCUCCUCUGCAAGUCAAAGUCAAUUCGAUUUUUUUUUUCAUGUGUAGGCGGACCGUAUGUAAUUAAAUUAACAUUUGAGUGCGAAUGAUUCACAUUCUGCAUGUGGCUUUUUGUAAUGCACAUAUCUGUGUUUGCAAUAUGCUCGAAUACAAUGUGUGUUUGGAUUUUCCAUGCAUGUGUGUUUUAGAUCACCGUGCAGCAUCAGACUGAGUGUGUAAAUGAUGAAAGGCAACAACCACUGUUUAUUCUUAAUGGAGAUACAGGAAGAGUGUGAGAGAGGUGAACCCCAAAACUUCCACAAUGAACAAUAAUAAUAAUAUUGAAUAAUAAUGUGUCUAAGUGACACUGAUCCCCAUAGUGAAAUUCUCUUAUCUUGAGACCCCUUCUUUGGAUUUGGUAUCUUAUGAACAUGUGACCUCCAUUUGGAUGGUUUAUCACAUUACCAGACCACACUGUGUUUUCAUCUGUUGUUUUAGUAGCAAAAUCCAGACAACUGCUUUUUAAAGGUGCCAGUUGCAAUCACAGUUGGCAUUCUAGCAAGGAGAUUGUUGACUGACUGACCAAAACCUCACACAUGGACAAUAUAGCAAUGUCAGUUUAAAGGAAGCAGGAGGAAUACUUUCACUUUCACUUCAAGGACUUCAACCAACAUGCAUACAGAACGUCAGUUCACAAAUCCUGUAUGAUAGUUUAGAAACUCUUCAUGGUCUUCCUUUCUCUGUGAGCUACAAGUACACUUGCACAGCCCCACCCAGCCCUGCUGAAAACACAGACUAUUAUACUUGAAUCAUCAUCAUCAUCAUCAUCAGCUAUAACAACUUCAGCUGCUGGGUUUGGUAGUUGGGCCUGCAGGCACUACACAAGCUAUGAACAGGUCUGGAGAGAAAAACAUACAUGUGAAGUUAUUUCUUUUUAAAUUAUUAUUUCAGUAUUAAUGUUGUUAUAGCCCACAUAAUUAUGUGUCCGUCCUUUACUUCUGUACUUACGUUUCUGUACUAAAUCUGCAGUCUGACAUGUCGCUGUUCUUGUCGUGUUUGUGUUUCAUCAGCUUGAAGACUUUGUUCAGCCUUCAGUAGUCCUUGUUCCACAUCUUUGUCUUACCCUUAUCUCCUGCUGCCUUUGUGUUCUUGACUUUUCCCUCUUCCUCCCUUCUAAAUAUUAAAUUUCUCCACUUACUUUUUUUUUUAAAAAAAGAAACAAACUUCAUUUUACUUUGAUUUUAAAAUGAAGUCUUCAGUUUUCUUGUCAUGUGUGUCCAUGUUGUAAAUAGAACAAUGUAAACAAAAUACUAAAGCUGAAUAAAAAUGACAUAUUUUGUUUGCAGAUACGA